AUGGAUACGCCUACUCAAUACAAAGUCUAUAUCGGUCAAUACUGUAGCCCGGCACGACCCAAUGUCGAACCCGAGUACUGGGUGCUCAUAGUCAAGAAGACCCCGCGGGACUUUGAAGGGAUCUCUCACGCUACCGGUGAUGUUUUCCGUGUCCGGGAUGGCUUCCGCCUCGAGCACAAGAAAGACGACGGUUACAAUGCCUCAGGACUAUACCGAGGCGCUGCACUUGUCGGGUAUCUGGAAACAACCCAUCUCGAUGAGGCCGCGGCACUCCUCGAGAGCGAGAUUUCAUACCGUGAUAAUCACUAUCGUUGGGAUCGCAAGGACUGGGUUGAGACCGCCCUCUCCGUCCUACAGAAUCAAGAAUAUUUCACGUUGCGGGGCGGGCCCUUCACGACCGCUGUUCUGGAGAAAAUGAUGGAAAAACCUUGCCUACUGUACCCGACCCAGGCGGUCAAUAAAAUCAUCGUUGUCAUGAUUGCGUCGUCGGUUGCCCGUCGUUCUUUGUGCCUUGCAAGCCAGAGGUCCAGUCCUGCAAAUUCUCCUGUGGUUGUCAUGCCUUCAAAGCGAAAACGCUCUCUGAAGGUCCCUGAGGCUUCGCACUUGGCAGCCGCAGAGCCAACCAUAGCGUCAUCCGACCCAGUACCUCUAAUGGAAGACCCUAUAGCAGCGGCAACUGCUGCGGUUCUAGCUCUCAGCGAGCCGCUCCCAGGUCUCGCGGGUUCUGCCGUAUCGCCUCGCAGACGCGCAUCCGCCCGCUCAGCCACUAAAAAGAAGGUGAAGUACGCGGAAGCCACCACUGACGGCGAAGGCGAACCUACAAACUCGGCCGCAGGAGAUGGGAACGAGGGACAGCUCACGGCGCUCGACGACGAAUCAGCCGAGGCGAAACCGAAGGUGAAGCACACACGGCGCAAGAAGGACACUGAGCCCGUGGUGUAUGACAUACCCGCUGUCGAACGGAAGCAAACCGGUUUUACAGGCCGCCUUGGCUACGCGUGUCUCAACACUAUCUUGCGUGUCCGCAAGCCAGAGCCUGUUUUCUGCUCGCGCACGUGCCGACUUGACACGAUUCGCAAGAAUGGUAUUGAGUUCGCGAAGGACCUCGGGCGCAGGAACGCUACGGAUCUCCUCGAAAUGAUUGAGUGGAACGAGGAGAACAAAAUCCGCUUUUUCCGCGUAUCUUCGGAGAUGUUCCCGUUCGCGUCGCACAAGGUGCACGGGUAUGACUUGUCAUACGCGCACGAGGAGCUCAAGGCUGCCGGGGCACUGGCAAAGCACUACGGCCAUCGACUUACUGCCCAUCCCGGCCAGUUCACACAGCUCGCGUCGCCUCGUGAGGAUGUCGUCGAAGCAAGUGUGCGAGAACUUGAUUAUCAUUGUCAGAUGAUGCGCUACAUGGAUCUCGACCAGGACAGUGUGAUCAUCAUCCAUAUGGGGGGCGUGUACGGCGACAAGGACGGUGCGCUCGCGCGUUUCCGCGAGAACUACACCACGAAGCUCACGGACGAGAUGAAGGCGCGGCUGGUACUCGAGAAUGACGAGAUAUGUUACAACCCAGACGAGCUGCUCCCUAUAUGCGAGGAGCUGAGCAUCCCCAUGGUGCUGGAUUAUCACCACAAUUGGAUAAAUCCGAGUGUGCUCCCAUUUCCGGAGCUCUUGCCUCGCAUUGCAGCAACAUGGACGCGGAAGGGCAUCCGACAAAAGCAGCACCUCAGCGAGCCGCGUCCGGGCGCAGAGAGCAUCAUGGAGAAGCGCGCGCACGCUGACCGGUGCCAGGAGCUGCCCGAAGUCCUUGUUGGCGGCGACGUCGAUUUAAUGAUUGAGGCGAAGGACAAGGAACAGGCCGUGUUCCACCUAUACCGCAUAUACGGCCUCGAACCCGUUAUUCAUGCGAAUCUGCGCCCGGAGAACCCGCCGAAACCGUUCAUCCGCGGGAAGGGAUGCGUAGCUGCCGAGGACGAUGAGGGCGAUGGAGAGGAUGCCGCUGAGGAGGUAAACGAAGAUGAUGCGCGCGAGACGAGGGCGAAGACGCGCGGAAAGAGGACGAAGACGAACGUGACGCAAGAGGGCGUGGACGAGCUCACACCUAAUGCUAUCGGAGAAUCCGGAGAAGCGGCGUCCACCAUUAGGACACCUACGUCGUCACCGAUGAAGCGUACGCCGAAGCGAAGACGCACAGCGACGAACGUCAUCGCAUCGCAGGCCGAAAUCGAGGUUGCCGCCGAUCCCAUGUCAUUGAAGCGCAAGUCGCGCUCGAAGCUUGAUCCCGCGUCCUCGCCGAAGAAGCGGCGAACAGUAUCUAAGCUCAUGACGAAGACACGCGAGCUGAUCAACCAGGAAGAGGACGUGCAGCCUGUUGAUGGAGCGCGCGCGGAGGAUGUAGAAGCGGAUGAGCAUCCUGAGGCCGUAAUGGCAGAGGAAACGGAAACAAUUACGGACGCGAUCGGCGCUUGUGCAAGCGGAAGGGCCAGAGCGGUGUUGGGAUCAGUGAUGUCUUGA